CAAAAAAAAAAGAGCAUGAAUUUUAAAAUUGAUAAUAAAAUAAUAAAAUAUACAAGAUACGGACCUGAGAGAGUUUUGCCCCUUCCAUGCUUGAAUGAAUGAACGAAUGCAGCCGGUGACUACGUGUUCCUAUCCGGCUCCAAUAAAACUGAAUACUCUACAGUAUAUAUAAAACUCUGUUAUUGUACACUCUGGCAUAUUCCAUUCUGUGUGUCAACAUACACUUGAACAUAAUAUACAUCUCAUCAUUGAGUGAUAAUAAAUUUAAUUUUUAUUAAAUAAAAAAAUAUUGUGAUACAUCAAAUUGAAAUGGCUGAUGCAAAACCAACAACACCUGAAGCAGGUCCACAUCUUGAAGUAUUGGAUCGUGUUAAAAAUAUUCCAGUUGUUUCUGUUGCUAUUGAAAAAACAGGAAAAACAUAUUCAUACUUGAAAGGCUCUCAUCAUUUAAUAAAUUGGGCAUUAGAUUAUGCUGAAGCUGGUUAUCAACUGGCAUCAACAACAGCUGCACCAUUGGCUAAAAAAUUUGAAGGACAAAUUAAUACUGUUGAUCAAAAAUUAUGUGAAGGUCUUGGUAUUGUUGAGCAAAAAGUACCAAUGAUGAAGCAGCCACCUCAAGAGAUUUAUGAUGCAGCCAAAAAUGUGAUGAAUUGUUCACUCCAGCCAACUGUUGAAAAACUUGUUGCAAUUAAAGAAAAUGCAACUAAUCGUGCAUCACUUCUCACAGAAAUGAGUGUUACUAAAGCCAAUGAAAUUUUAAAUAAUCAGGUUGGUACACUAGCAGUACAAGGGGUCGAUAAUACAACAGCAAUUAUUAAUCGUCUCAUUGAUUAUUAUUUUCCACCUAUUGAAGGUGAAGAAGUACAACCAGUUCCAGUAUCAGCUGAUGAAAAUAAAGUGUUACAUGCUGUACAGACGGUUGGUCAAUUGUCAUCAAAAACAGCAAAUCGUAUAUAUCAUUCAGUAUCUGCCCAAUUAAAAACUGUUAAAAGAGAAGACGUGGCUGAUUAUAUUGCAAGUGUUAUUUCAAUUUUACAUUUGACACAUUUUAUUGGUGGUGAGAAAGAAGCUACAACUCCACCAUCACCAACUACAUCCUCCUCAACAUCAGAAAACAAAAAAUAAUGUAUAAAUACUUUUUUUUUAAUUUACAAAAAUGCUCAGAAUUUUAUUAUAAAAAAAAAAAAAAAAAAAAAAAAAUUACAAGUCUUUAAAUAAAUAAAUUAAACAAUUUUAAUAUA